CCCGGGGAGCAUUCAGGGGCUAAGUCCCUUGCUCAGGGACCCAGAUUGGCAGGCUGUGGGAUUCGAACCAGGGUACUUUUGGCCUCUCAAGGACGCAAAUGCCCUGCUCUCUAACCACAAGGCCACCUCUCCCCUAAUCAUUAGCUGACCAAAGCUGAGGAUGUGGAGCACAAGUCAUUGCCCGAGGGCAAGGCUGGUAGUAAAGACCGCCACUAAACUGUGGUCCAGCAAGCCUCCAGAACCAUUCUGUCCCGUCCCCUCUGCUCAGCUGCGAUCCCAAGCUGAAAAACACAGACGCAGGCGAGAACGGGAGAAGACUAUACUGUCAGCACAACAUAAUAAAGCUGAAGAUCAAAAAUUAAACUGGAGUGAAAAAGAGAAGAUAGUGUAUACGACUCAAACGCCUGCUGGGACAAAAAAAGAUACAACCUUGCCUUUGCCAUCUUCCUACAGUCCAGAAUAUGUGGAGUCUUGCUGGUAUCAGUGGUGGGAGAAAGAGGGAUUUUUUAAUCCUGAUCAACAUGAGAGGUUGUCUCAUAGUGUGGAUCAGACGUUUUCUCUAUGCAUUCCUCCACCAAACGUGACUGGCACUCUGCAUCUGGGCCAUGCUUUGACUGUAGCUGUACAGGACGCUCUGGUUCGAUGGAGAAGGAUGCAGGGUUACAGAGUUCUGUGGGUCCCUGGAUGUGACCAUGCAGGUAUUGCAACUCAGACAGUGGUGGAGAGGAGACUUCUGAGAGAAACAGGGAAGUGCAGACAAGAUUUUAACAGAGAAGAAUUUUUACAGGAAGUCUGGAAAUGGAAAAAUGAGAAAGGGGAGGAGAUUUAUCACCAGCUGAGGAGGCUUGGUGCUUCUUUGGACUGGAGCAGAGCCUGUUUCACUAUGGAUCCAGGUUUUAGCAGAGCUGUAACUGAGGCUUUUGUCACAUUGUGCGAUUCUGAUCUUAUUUAUCGGUCAGAAAAUUUGGUCAACUGGAGCUGUGCUCUUCAGUCUGCAAUCUCAGACAUAGAGGUUGAGACAAAGGACGUGUCUGGGCCAACCAUGAUGUCUGUCCCUGGUUAUGAGAAUAAGGUGGAGUUUGGAAACAUGUUUACCUUUGCAUAUACUGUAGAAGGUUGUGAUAGUGAGGUGCCAGUGUCCACCACUCGUCCUGAGACUAUGCUUGGAGAUGUGGCUGUAGCUGUUCACCCAGAUGAUCCUCGAUAUCAGGCUUUUCAUGGACAGUGGUGUAGACAUCCUUUCACCAACAGACUCAUCCCCAUUAUUACUGAUACAAUUGUGGACAUGGAACUAGGAACAGGAGCUGUGAAGGUGACUCCUGCUCAUGACUUCAUAGACUUCCAUCUGUCGCAGAGGCACUCUCUGCUACGUCCUUCUGUCAUUAGAGGAGAUGGGACCAUGGAGCCAUUAUGUGGACAAUGGCUGGAGGGUGUGAAGCGAUUUGAUGCCAGGCAGCUGGUUGUGAAUGCGCUUGCUGAAAAGAAACUUUUUAGAGGAAAGAAGAACCACACCAUGAUUUUACCCAUCUGCAGCCGCUCAGGAGACAUCAUUGAACCACUUCUAAAAAAGCAGUGGUUUGUCCGCUGUGAUACAAUGGCUUUGAAAGCUAUACAGGCUGUAGAGGAUGGACAGUUGGAAAUCAUUCCUUCCCACUACACCAAGACGUGGGCAAACUGGCUGUCCAGCAUCAGUGACUGGUGCAUAUCCAGGCAGCUUUGGUGGGGUCAUCAGAUCCCUGCUUAUCAAGUAGAGCUUCCCAGCUUGACAACUAAAGAAGAGGAGCUGUGGGUUUGGGGGAAAAGUGAGAAGGAGGCCCGACAGAGAGCAGCUGUGAAAUAUGGAUUGAACCCAGAUGACAUCUCUUUGCGACAGGACCCAGAUGUUCUAGAUACGUGGUUCUCCUCAGCACUGUUUCCUUUCACCAUGCUUGGCUGGCCGGAAAAGUCCUCUGACUUCCUGCGCUUCUACCCCAACUCUGUUUUGGAGACUGGCAGCGACCUCAUCUUCUUUUGGGUUGCUAGGAUGGUGAUGUUGGGAUCUGAACUGACUGGACAACUGCCAUUUAGACAGGUUCUAUUUCACUCGCUAGUACGAGACAAGUAUGGCAGGAAGAUGAGUAAAUCUCUGGGAAAUGUCAUUGACCCUUUAGAUGUUAUACAUGGAGUCUCCCUCAAGAGACUUCAGGAGAAAGUGAAGGAGGGAAACCUAGACCCAAGAGAGCAGCUGGUUGCUCUGGAAGCACAGAGGAAAGACUACCCUAAUGGAAUACCUCAGUGUGGGACAGAUGCUCUGAGAUUCGCUCUUUGCUCUCACAAGAUUCAGGGUGAAGACAUUAGUUUGUCCUUAUCUCAAGUUCUUGGCUGCAGGCACUUUUGUAAUAAAAUGUGGCAGACCCUGAGAUUCACAUUGGGAGUUUUGAAUGAUAACACAACACCAGUGAGAACACUUGAAGAGACAACUCCUCUAAACAGCAUGGAGCGGUGGAUCUGUUCCCGACUCUACAGCACAAUUGUACAGUGUGAACAGGCAUUUGAAGCUUAUGAGCUGCAUAUUGUCACAUCUGCCCUGUAUUCCUUUUGGGUGCACAACCUGUGUGAUGUUUACAUGGAAUAUGUAAAGCCUGUCCUGUUGAAGCAGAAUGACAGGCCAGAGGUCCUGUCUAACAAAGACCACAUAAGCAACUUGAAGCAGGCGACCAUCUCCGUUCUCUAUCACUGCACGUCUUUGUCUUUAGCUCUGCUCUCUCCCUUCAUGCCCUUCAUCACAGAAGAACUGUGGCAGAGACUCCAACCAUUCAGACCUGAGGCCUUGGCUCAAACCAGCCUGUGUUUACAGCCCUACCCCCGAUCCGCUCAUCUGGCGCACUGGUAUUUCCCUGAGGAGGAAAAAGAUUUUCUGCUGGUCCAGGAUGUUAUCCGAAUAACUCGUUCUCUGCGAGCCCAGUGUGGCCUGACUAAAGAAAAACCUGUCAUGUGGGUAGUGUGUUCACCGAGCCAGGCCCAGACACUCCUUCGCUUUGGUUCAGCUGUUAGGACUUUAAGUCGUAUCUCAAGUCUCCAGAUCUACUGUCCGGAUCAAGCAGGCCCUCUCCCCUCUCUCCACUCUACUCCUCCACCUACAGGAUGCUUCAUUGGUGUGGUGGACAACACAUGUCAGCUACACCUUCACAUCCAGAGUGGGAUUGACAUUGACAAACUGAUCCGGCAUCUCUCUCAGCGGAGAGAUAAGCUUCUUCCAAAGCUGGAAGAAAAUCUUUGCAGACUUCAGUUUCCCAACAGCCUGACCAAGACUCCUGCACAAAUCAGGCAACAGAUGGAAAGUAGGGUUUCAGCUUUGAAGAAGGAACUAAAGAGCAUUGAGGAUCAGAUAAAAGUGCUGCAGGAGAAACAGUCAAUGGAUAACUGUAGCUGAAGGCCAUACUGGACCCUGUCAGACAUCAGAGUUUAAUUAUUGAUAAUGCUGCUUGAGGCAAAGACAGCUUGCAUUACAACACUGCAAAACAAAGCAACAAUAAUAUGGUACCAUGUAAAUAACGGGUUUGAUCCAAAGGGAGUUACUGUAAGUUGAAUGUAAUAGGAAGAAAAAUAAAAAUUUACAACCUAUUCUA